CCAACGCAACGCCUCGUACAGUUCAUCAAGUAAAGCCACAUCAGAUCACACAAUCUAGCUGCAAAAAUGGCGUCGACGGUGGCGAGCCUCUCUACCCCGGCGACCUUCGCGGCCGCAGACGUGGUCCCGAGGAGGAAGGUCGCCGGCCGCGUCUGGUUCCCCACGGCGUGCCGCGGCGGCUUCGCGGUGAGGUCGAGCGGGCCCUCGACGCCGCCGGGGAUCUCCGACAAGGUGUCGGAGAGCAUCAAGAAGGCGGAGGAGACGUGCGCGGACGAGCAGGUCUCCGGGGAGUGCGCGGCGGGGUGGGACGAGGUGGAGGAGCUCAGCGCGGCGGCGAGCCACGCCCGGGACAAGCUCAAGGAGAGCAGCGACCCGCUCGAGAACUACUGCAAGGAGAACCCCGAGACCGACGAGUGCCGCAUCUACGACAAUUAGAGCAGGCCCGUAUAGAUCUGUGUAUCAGCGAUCAAAGAUGCCGUCGCGCGGUUCGCCGAAGCGCACAUACGGGAUGCUCCGCUUCAACCUACAUCACCGAUUCACCUCCGUACCCUUUGCAUGCCAUGCAUUGUAGAGACAUGGAGCGUCUGAAGCGGUUGAGAUGCUAUAUGGGAUUGUCCUUGUCCGAACGACAUUCAAUAUCUGAUCCGUAUUCGGCGAAUACGCGAAUCCGGAUACUUUAUUAGGAUAUAUGAGAAGGGAUAUCUAAGGAAAAAUAAAUAUCUCUAUUGAUCAAA